UGGGUGCGGCGUGCUGCGUGGCUGGCUCGGUGUGCGUUGUGUUCUCUCUCCCCAGCAGGGCACGGGGGCGUCAACCAGCUCGGGGGGGUGUUUGUGAACGGCCGGCCGCUCCCGGACGUGGUGAGGCAAAGGAUCGUGGAGCUGGCCCACCAGGGGGUGCGACCCUGCGACAUCUCCCGCCAGCUGCGGGUCAGCCACGGCUGCGUCAGCAAGAUCCUGGGCAGGUACUACGAGACCGGAAGCAUCAAGCCCGGGGUGAUCGGCGGCUCCAAGCCCAAGGUGGCCACCCCCAAAGUCGUGGAUAAAAUUGCCGAAUACAAGAGGCAAAACCCCACCAUGUUCGCCUGGGAGAUCCGCGACCGGCUACUGGCCGAGGGCAUCUGCGACAACGACACGGUCCCCAGCGUCUCCUCCAUCAACCGGAUCAUCCGAACCAAAGUUCAGCAGCCCUUCCACCCAACCCCAGAUGGGAGCGGAACCGGAGUCUCGGCGGCACCCGGACACACUAUAGUUCCCAGUACAGCAUCCCCUCCUGUCUCGAGCGCCUCCAAUGAUCCAGUGGGUUCCUACUCCAUUAACGGGAUUCUGGGGAUUCCUCGGUCGAAUGGUGAGAAGAGGAAACGUGAUGAAGAAGUAUCUGAGGGCUCCGUCCCCAAUGGCGAUUCCCAGAGUAGUGUGGAUAGUUUGCGGAAACACCUUCGCGCUGACACCUUCACGCAACAGCAGCUGGAAGCUUUAGAUCGAGUCUUCGAGCGUCCUUCUUACCCUGAUGUUUUCCAGACCUCGGAACACAUCAAAUCUGAGCAGGGCAAUGAGUACUCCCUCCCGGCUCUCACCCCUGGUCUUGAUGAAGUCAAGUCGAGUUUAUCCACCUCUGCUAAUCCAGACCUGGGGAGCAACGUGUCAGGACCCCAGACCUACCCCGUAGUGACUGGUCGCGACAUGGCCAGCACGACCCUGCCUGGCUACCCACCCCACGUCCCGCCGACUGGACAGGGCAGCUACCCAACCUCCACUCUGGCCGGAAUGGUGCCUGGGAGUGAAUUCUCAGGAAAUCCAUACAGCCACCCUCAGUACACGACUUACAACGAGGCCUGGCGGUUCAGCAACCCUGCGCUACUAAGUUCCCCUUAUUAUUAUAGUGCCACAUCCCGGGGCUCCGCACCUCCCACUGCUGCCGCUGCCUAUGACCGCCACUAGUUACCACGGAAACCACAUGAAACUGCAGGGGGACAGCCUAGGCCUCCAUAUUGUACCUGUCUGAUGGACAUUCCUCCACCACUGAGAAGGACAAAGAGCACCUCUCCAUCUCCCUCACCUGCUCCC